AUGUCGGCGCAAGUGGCGCGAAUAGCAGAUUUCUUUGGUGCCCCUGAAGCGCCUGUUCGACGUAGGCAAAAUCAGACAGUAAUCCAGGAGGAAGAACCAAACAUUAACCAGGACCAAUUACCCAGGCAGGAUGCUGUCGAAAGAAACAUGGGGGUAAGAUUGGAACAACAAGCGAUUCGACAGGAGGUACAGGAAGAACAACCUAGGAGAGUGAUGAUGGUUAAUAAAAAUCAAGAUGCAGACGAAGUAGUCCAUAGGCUUAGACAAGAUAAUGUGAUGGUAGAGAAUAAUCUGACCACCAUGAUUGAAAAAAUUAUGGCACAAAAUGCCAAGAAUACAGGACUUCGAAGGCCAAAUUACACAUCCCCUUUGGCAGAUUACAUUAUGCAAACAGAGUUAGCAAGGGGUUAUAAGGUCCCUAAGUUCACAAAAUUCUCAAGAGACACUAGGGAAUCCACUGUCAAACAUGUAGCCAGAUACUUGACUGAAACAGGGGAUUUAGCAAAUAGUGAAAACCUAAGGAUAAAAUACUUUCCUAGUUCAUUAACAAAAAUGCCUUUACGUAGUUUACGACAUUACCACCAAAUUCUAUAG